CAAGUUGCUGGUGUUGCCGGUGCUGUUGCCUCCUCUGCUGAUCCUGUUGCCGCAAGAAGAGGAGAGGAUGAUAAGAUGAUACAAGAGACUAAUGAAGAAGGAGAGAGUCUGCUGUCUCUGGCCUGCUCGGGAGGUUACUUUGAACUUGCUCAUGUGCUGCUUAAGAUGAAUGCCAACGUUGAGGAUCGUGGUAGUAAAGGAGACUGUACCCCGUUGAUGGAAGCGGCUAGUGCUGGCCAUGUGGAUAUCGUCAAGCUUCUCCUAGAGUACGGUGCUGAUGCCAACGCCCAAUCCAGUGCAGGUAAUACCCCAUUGAUGUAUGCCUGUAACGGUGGACAUGAGGAGAUCGUCAAGAUCCUUCUAGAUCAAGGUGCAAACAUUGAAGACCAUAAUGAGAACGGCCACACCCCCCUGAUGGAAGCAGCCAGCAGCGGCCAUGUCAACAUCGCCAAGAUCCUCCUAGAGAAAGGCGCUGGUAUCAACACGCAUUCCAAUGAAUUCAAAGAGAGCGCCCUUACCCUGGCAUGUUAUAAAGGUCAUCUUGAGAUGGUGAAGUUCCUGUUGGAGGCCGGUGCUGACCAUGAGCACAAGACCGAUGAGAUGCAUACUGCCCUCAUGGAAGCCUCUAUGGAUGGACACGUGGAGGUAGCAAGACUUCUGCUUGAUCACGGUGCCCAGGUGAACAUGCCGGCCGAUAGCUUUGAGUCACCUUUGACCCUGGCAGCUUGCGGAGGUCAUGUCAAGCUUGCGUCCCUGCUGAUAGAGAGGGGAGCCAACAUCGAGGAGGUGAACGAUGAGGGAUAUACCCCUCUUAUGGAGGCUGCUAGGGAAGGACAUGAGGAGAUGGUGGCACUGCUUCUUGCUCAAGGUGCAAACAUCAAUGCCCAGACUGAGGAGACCCAGGAGACGGCUCUGACGCUAGCCUGCUGCGGAGGCUUCCUAGAGGUUGCUAAGUUUCUCAUCGAGGUUGGGGCAGACAUUGAGCUUGGAUGCUCUACACCCCUCAUGGAGGCUGCGCAGGAGGGACAUGUCGAUCUCGUCAAGUUCCUUCUAAGCAAAGGUGCUAUUGUCCACGCUCAAACAGCGACAGGAGAUACUGCCCUUACCUAUGCCUGUGAGAAUGGGCAUACUGAUGUGGCUGAUGUACUCUUAGCGCAUGGAGCAAACUUAGAACAUCAAACUCUUGCCCUGCAGGAGCACGAAUCGGAAGGGGGGCGUACACCACUCAUGAAGGCAGCUAGGGCAGGACAUCUUUGCACUGUGCAGUACCUCAUCAGCAAGGGUGCGGAUGUGAAUAGGGCAACAACCAACAAUGACCAUACUGUGCUUUCUCUUGCUUGUGCUGGAGGUCAUCUGAAGGUCGUUGAACUUCUUCUGGCCCACAAUGCUGACCCCUCCCACAAACUCAAGGACAACUCUACAUGCCUGAUCGAGUCUGCGAAGGGUGGUCAUUCCGAUGUGAUGGUGCUUGUUCUAGAGUACCCUACCAAUAUGAUCGCCCACCCGGAGGGUAUGGCUACACCACCAACACCAGAUCAAGGAGAGGUAUCUCGAGUCCCAACCCAAGCACUUCCUAUUGUAGUCCCUCCUCAGGAACCAGAUAAGCACCCGGAGGAGGCUCACCUUGUUGAGUUCAGUGGGUCAUCCCUCCUAGGCCAUGGGCAGCAGACCACUGUUGUAUCAUCUUCUACUCCAGAUGAAUCCUUGUACCAAAGAAUGGCGAGCUCUACGGUCGCCACCACCACCACCCUUACCAAUACCAUCACCACCCCUGCAGGAGCUCCCAGCUCCCUAGAAACCAUGGAUGCCACAGGGAUCUUCAACAAGACCAUCCCUUCCAACUUCUCUCCUACCAACAUCGUGGCUUCCACGUCGCUACCCGACACUACCAUCUCCAAGCUGGAUGUAGCGGCAAUGGCGCCAAUCGGAGUCGGCAAUGCCAAAGGCCACCAUCGAACUGCAGAGGAGCAGAUUCUGGAGAAGCAGCAGAUCUAUGCUGAACUCCAGAAGGUGGAAAGGGAGCUGCAGCAGCGGAUUGAAGUGCCGGUGAUUCCAAAGGGUUUCCAAGGACAGGGUGUGGAUGAAACAGAGCCCUCCAAGCUUAAUCUACCAGUGUCCCUUCCAGCUGGUGCUACUGUACCGAGUAGCAUCCCCUCAGCGGUAGCGUCCCAAGCAGGGAUCAGUUCUGCUCCUGUAGUAAAUAGUGCUGCUGGUGUUGACCCUCCGGAUAGCUCCCUGUUGGCUGGUGUCCCAGAGAGCAAUAGCAAUCAGUCAGGCAACCAGAAGCAGUCUGCGGUUCAGGUUCCACCUCACUUACAGCCACUCCCUCCGUCUGUGUCCGAUGGUGAGGAAAGCGGGGAUAACGAAGACGACUUGGCCCUCGAUACCAGGGAUAUCCGAAUUGUAUCCUCCGUCCCUUCCCAGCAUGAAGACAAAGGUAGUGGGGAAAGUUCUGCUGAUGUCCUUGGGGCGGGUGUCCGACACGAGCCUCUGGGAUGUGAAUCCCAGUCACCGCCAUCUUCAUCAGUGGCACCUCCUACAUAUGAAUCGUACAACCAAAGCAGUAACUGCAAUUGCGACCCCACCACUACCUUGCCAGCAACGGCAGCAUCACCAUAUAACCCAGCUCUUAGUUCACAGCUCAUGGGACACACCCCUCUCCUUCCCGCUCCAGCCUCCGUACCGUCACCUCUCCCGGAUGUGGAGACCCUCCUCAAGGAAUCGUCUGGUACCCAGGUGGACUCCACUAGUCUGGCGGCGGCAGGUAUUGGUCAAGCUGUGCUGAGCAGUGGUGCAGUGCAGAUCACAGCAGGUACAAGUGCUAAUAACAUUGCAGGGAUGUCUGGAGCCAUGGUAACUGGAGCCAUGGUCAUUCCACAUGGUUACCGGGAAGUUCAUAGAGAUGCUGAGAAGAGACCUGUUGAGUCUAAGAAGCCGGCUCGCCAAACCCAAUCUGUGGGCACACAGUGCGACCGUUCCUCCAUACCACACCACCACCAGGUCGUACCAGCUCCUAUCAUGCUGACCACCGGUGGAGCAGGGGUAGGAACCUUGGGGGCAGGGGUAACCACCACCACCGCUGCCCUUGUCCCGUCUCCUGCCUCACCUGGUAGCUACGACCAAGCCCACUUUGCACCGCACCCGCCCGUCGAGAUCGAUGCCCAGACAGAGAGCAAUCACGAUACGGCUCUGACUAUUGCGUGUGCUGGGGGACAUGACGACUUGGUUCAGAUGCUUCUGGAGAAGAGUGCCAACAUCGAGCAUCGGGAUAAGAAAGGGUUUACACCACUCAUCUUAGCAGCCACUGCAGGCCACUAUAAGACUGUGCAGAUCCUCCUCAAUCACAAUGCAGACAUUGAAGCUCAGUCUGAGAGAACCAAAGAUACUCCCCUAUCCCUCGCCUGCUCAGGUGGACGAUACGAGGUUGUAGAGCUAUUACUGUCACACAGUGCUAAUAAGGAACAUCGUAAUGUAUCAGACUACACCCCGCUCAGUCUGGCUGCUUCGGGUGGCUAUGUUAACAUCAUCAAACUUCUACUCAGAUAUGGAGCAGAAAUCAACUCCAGAACGGGCAGUAAGCUUGGCAUUUCACCCCUCAUGCUGGCGGCCAUGAACGGUCACACUGCAGCGGUCAAACUCCUAUUGGACAUGGGUAGUGACAUCAAUGCCCAGAUUGAGACCAACCGAAACACUGCCCUCACGCUGGCUUGCUUCCAAGGUCGGACCGAGGUCGUCAGCCUGCUCGUUGAUCGCAAGGCCAAUGUGGAGCAUAGGGCUAAGACGGGACUGACCCCUCUAAUGGAGGCAGCCUCUGGUGGCUAUGCAGACGUUGGGAGGGUUCUCAUCUCAAAGGGAGCUGACGUCAAUGCACCACCCGUACCAUCCUCAAGGGACACUGCUCUGACCAUUGCUGCGGACAAGGGCCACUAUCGCUUUGUGGAACUACUCCUACAGCACAAGGCUGCAGUGGAUGUGAAGAAUAAGAAAGGGCAAUCCUCACUCUGGCUUGCAUGCAAUGGCGGUCACUUUGACGUAGUGCAGCUGUUGGUGCAUGCUGGUGCUGAUAUCGAUAGCCAAGAUAAUCGGAAAGUCUCUUGUCUCAUGGCAGCAUUCAGAAAGGGUCAUGUGAAGGUUGUACGGUGGAUGGUGAAGCAUGUCAAUCAGUUCCCAUCGGACACGGACAGUAUGAGAUACAUCGCUACCAUCUCAGAUAGGGAGGUUCUGAAGAAAUGCCAGCAGUGCAUGGAGAUCAUUGUAGUUGCUAAGGAACGUCAAGCAGCUGAAGCUAAUAAACAUGCUAACAUCCUCCUAGAGCAGCUAGAGUCAGAGAAGACAAGAGAGGAGAGCCGCAAAAUGGCAGCUGCAAAACGGCGCGAGAAGAAGAAAAAGAAGCGAAAGGAGAAGCAGCAGAAAGGAGGACCGAACAACAGCUCGCCGGAACCUGAACAAGAAGAUGACGAAGAAGAUAAUAGCCUCGGGAGAGAAACCAGUGAGUCAUAUGAAAUUGAAGACCUUGUACCACUGGAGCCACCAUCAGCCACCACCACAACCACCAUCGGUAAGGUCCGUACCAAGGACACCACCACCACCACCACGGCUCGCAACAACGGUCAGUCCAUCACCACCACAACCACCACCACCACAGUCAACAAGAAGAACAAGAACAACCUAAGCAGUAUCAUCACGGCAACACCACAGGGAGGAGGUGGCAGCAGCAGCGCUGUGGUUACCGCCACAACCACAGCCAGUACCACGCAUACCACCACGGUUGCAACGUCUACCACGUCCUCGCAUAGAUCAUCUGCAUCAUCACAUGUCAUCAACCAAGCCAGCAACAAAGCAGCUCUUCUAACCAACAUGAAGGCAAAAACAUCAAGUGCAAAGGAACACGCCAACAACAAGGCGAACCAGAGCAGGAACAUCUCUGCUUCAAGCAAGGAAGAGAGACAGAACAACAAGAACAGAGUGAAUAUGAAUGGAGACGCUAAGGAUGGAGGGAAGGAAGGAGCUAAGGAAGGGGGAAGACACGAUGAGAAGAUACGAGAAGAGAAGAAGAAGAAACGAAUGAAUAUGAAAGAGAAGGGGCAGAAUCACACCAUUAAACAUGAGGACCAGAACUCCACCGGUAUUGACGGAGGAGGAGGAGGUAAGAAGUCGAUGGGUCCUGGAGGAGAUGCUGUUAGUCCUAACAUGAAGGGAUCCUCUAUCACUGCAGCUAGCCCCAAGAGAGGACAGAAGAGAGAGGAAGGAUGGAAGGAAGUAGUCAGAAGGUCCAAGAAAGUAACUGUACCGGCCAAUGCUAUCAGUAGACUUAUAGGAAGAGGAGGAUGUAACAUCAAUGCUAUUAGAGAUGCAACGGGAGCUCACAUUGAUGUUGAUAGACAGAACAAAGGAAAUGAACGCACCAUUAAUAUCAAGGGUUCAGCGGAUGCGACACGUCAAGCCCACCAUCUAAUCAGUGCCCUCAUCAAGGAUCCGGAUGAAGAUCUAAGCAAGCUGGUAGCUAAGAUAAAGAAGUCCGUUGCACCUGCUGCUAUACCAAUCACUAUGUUUACAUUGGCCUCAUCGUCGUCCACAUCAACCACGACAUCAUCGUCAUCAUCACAGGCUGGGACUAAGAGCAGUACACAGACUGGAACCACAGCGGCCAAACAGGCUACCAAGAUCAACCCAUCUAGUACUGCCAGUCACCAGCCUCCGUCAUCUAAGCAGAACUCACUACAACCCGGUCAUCAGCAGCUUACUCAGAGCCACAGUGCCCCAGCUAACACCCAAUACCCAACCCAAAUGACAGGAGGCAUUCGUCUACCCAAAGGAGUUCAGCAGCACCAGAUGGCAGCGCUGGCCCAUCAGUGGGGUCGUCAACCUAUUGUCAGACCGCCUGUCCCUACAACUAUUGCUGCUCAAAGCAGGGUGCCCGAUCCCAGCCAGCAUCAACAACCACCGCAGCCUACUCAGCAACAAGGUAGAGGACCGAUCUCGGUCAAUGUAGCCCCUCCUGCAGGAAGUGCACCCCAGCAGGCAUCUGCCAAGAGUCCUAGGACCGGUGUGGCACGGCAAUUGUUCACCCAACCAACCGGUAAAGCAGUUACGACCACCGUCUCAUCCCAUCGACCCAUCCAGAAUGUGGCCGUGAGUGGAUCUGGCGGGGUGAUGGCCAGCAGUGCUCCGACGCCCGUCGGGACCAUACCAGUAUCGGUCUCGGCUCAGUCCAAUGUCAACGCUGGUACGUUUGCGUCCAAGAUAUCUGACAGCCGCUCCGGUCUCCUCCACAUGCCACAGAUGAUGAUGCCAUCGCAGAAUCAGGGUAUGGGAGAGCAGGUUGGAUCAGGGAUGCUUCAACAGCAACCUGAUGGUAACCGUAGCGCUCCGGUGUCCACAGCUACAGGAGGGUUCAACUUCCUAUCCCACAUGAACCAGGGUAUGAGCCAGAAUCCUGCAAAUGCUUUCGGCUGGAGUUCCUUGGCUCCUGGAGGUACCUUGAAAGAGGAAGGGAGUGGAGAGGAGAGCAGUUUCCCCAACUCUGAGGAGGCCAAAGCUCCAGGGUACAAACGGCUGUCGACUGGAUCCAUGCCUGUAGGAGAUGCUGGGUUGCUUAGCACAGUCAACAACCUCCAAGGGAAUCCAACCAACUACAACCCAAUCCAUUACAUGCAUACCCAACAUCAAGCUCCACCCCAUCCCCAUGUUCCAUCCAAUCCCCACCCUCACUCUCAACAACACCUAAACACCCACCCUAACCAGCACCCCCACGUCCAUCCAAUAGAGCGACCGGACGUCGUCUCUGCAUCCAUGGCCCACGCCAACCUGUCCCACUUCUCACCCAUCACCAACCCCCCUGCACCUUCCCCGACCCCACCUACCGCCAACGCCUCUCCAGGGACGUCUCCAAGGUCUGGUACCACUAGCCCCAGUACCUCUGUAGCCUCUCAGGAUAGGAAACUACCACGCCCCAUUGGGAACGAGCGUAGAGGGCAGCAGACUCAUCGCCGUACACCUGUCGGGUUCGCUGAUCUUCCUUUCACGUCUGCAGGAAGCAUCUGGGCCCAUCAAGCUGGUGAUGUGAACUGGCCCAAUGCUUCAAUCACUGUUGAUGAUAUGGUAGUGAACACUCCAGCUGCCCCUAUACAGAGACCCAUCAGUCGACCAGAGAGUUACCACGGCCAACCUAUGGGCGUACCUGUGGGGAUGUCUUACAACAGAGAGAUGUCUGACCAACAACCCCACCCCGGUGGAUUGCCCCCUACCAACCACCAGCCCCACCCAGGCAGUCUACCCCCUGCACAGGCUAUGCCCUAUACCGCCCCACCCUCCAUGGGUAAUGGGGUCUGGACACCUGCUAUUUCAGCCACUGAUAACAUGGAUAACAGCCAGGGUUGGAGAAUGUGGAAUCCGCCUUCGAUGUGAUUGACAUCAACUUUGAGAUAAAUUCAUUACCCUUCAUCAUUGGACGGAACCCAAAUCAAUCUCGUAUAAUCUUAUUGGAUGGACAAGAAAAGCUCAGAUGCUCGGAUCAUCAAUUAUCACUGCUUAAGUUCUCUUUUUUUUGUAGAUUUUUCUGUAUGUUUUCUUGUCACUGUAGUUAAAUUCUUUUAUAGCUAUGAUUUUGAAAUGCUUUUUUGAGAUGAUUUUAAAACUCUUGAACUUCAGAGAAUGACAGAAAAUCAGAUUUUUGGGGAAUUUGGUCAGAAAUUUAGAAAGGGCUCGUUUCUCCACCGAUUGGAGUUACAGAAAUGUUGUGGAGAAAAAAAUAGCAAUGGCAUGGUUUUCAGAAUUAUGAUUCAACCAAGAGCUAAAAUAUUUUAGGUUUGUUGUAUCUGAAAUUCAAAACAUAUAAUCAAUCUUCUUUAGAGAAAAAAAAAUGUGACUGUGUUUCAUUUCGACACUUUAUACAGUCAGUGAGCAAACCAAGUAUACGCUUAAUUUCAAGAAUUGAAGCUUGUUUGUUUUGAGGAGACUGUUCUUGGUGGAUUUGUAUUCCGUUGUCAUUCUUAACUGCUAAGUUUAGAGAUUGAAUGGAAGUGCGCUAUUUAGAUAAAUGAAAUAUACAAUCGCUCAUGUGCUUUAUCUUCAACUACUUAAUCCUAUAUCACUGAUGUCGAUGUAGGAUAGAAUCAAUAUACUGGCUGUGCAUACAUUAUGCUCUCAUAACUUCAACUGCACUUGCAAGCACUUUCAGCUCUUCACUUUAAAAAAAAUUCUUUAAAUUAUAUGGUCACGGCGCGAAUGCAGUAGUCUAGCGUUUCAUUUUCAGAUGUGAAUGUCUGGUUCAUUGUCAGUCAUAUUGAAAUGAUUUUGAUAGUAGCUUCUCUUGGAGAAACAACAGUUACCAUCUGCUUUUAGUGAUAGGUAGAAAGAAGGAAGGCCUGAGUUUUUUCUGCUGAAGACUGAUACAUAUGUGAACUGAUCAUCAUUGUAGAAACCAGCUCAUUUAUUUUGCUGAUAAAGAAAUUUGCGCAUGGUGAGAUUUGCGAUGAUAUCAUGUAACUGGUACGAGCAUUUGUGAAUCACAAUUAUUAUUUAAUCUUUUCUUAGUCAUCAAUGUAUCUUCUGUUGGCCAUGUUCAGUAAGUUGCAUGGUACCUAAAUUUUCAUUCUUUUUAUCUCCUUUUCUUUCAAUUUCUCAUGUUUCUGAAAGAUAAAGCAGUGUUAUGGGAUGUUUUUAAUCUAAUACUCUCAUUUUGUUAUUAAUAUUGAAAUUAGAUGAACUGUGAUGCAAUUAUCUUCUUAAAUGAAAUAAAUUUUUCAAACCCUCACAGGUUUUCUUUAAAAAAAAAUAAAGUUCAUUUUUUUGCAAUGAAGUUUAAUUAAACUUGGUUUAACACACAUGUAACCAUAUAUACAUGUUGAAAACCUGUUGUUCCAAAAUAAAUCUUCCUCAAAUUUUUGUUCUUGGAUCUGUUUCAUGAAGGACUUAUGAUUAUGGUAACUAACAGGGCUCAGCAGCCAAUCAAGAUCCAGAUUUCCAUGGCAGCGACCCUUCUAGUCAUUCUAUAUAAAACAGAGUCGUGGUCAAAUUUUAGAUAUUCCCUUUUUGAAAUUCCCAUCUAAUAGGUAUUCUAAUGUAGUUUUAAACGUAAACAUUUUCUUCAUUUACCUGUUAAUAAUAAUUUGAAUUUGAUGUACGUACCCUUCUUGAGAAUAUUUUGUGAAAUCAGUUUGAAACUGAAUUGGGUGCUUAUGAGAAUUAAUUGGUUUCACUGUUGAAGUAACACAAAUUCUUUGAUUUAAAAAUCAAUUUUCAAGAAAUCAAUUUGAUCUGUGGAACAUUUAGAGACGUAGAUCAGAUGUAUGAACCGCUGUAUAAAGGCGGAAUAGUAGGAUUAUUUUGAAGUAUGUCAUUGAAUAAGGAUAGCAGUUGAUUAACUAUCAUAUCACCAUUAUGUUCUUAUUGGCAUCAUUAUCCUCGCUUCGGAGGGUGAUGAUAUUAAAUGAUAUUAGGAAGAGACUUUGAAAAUGAAGAAGGCAUCCAUUAGACUCAUUUACUAUUAUAGUCUCUGUUUCAUCCAUCUCUUCAUUUUUAUUUUGCAUCAGAAACAGAGGUACACUAUCAAGCAUAAGAGUGUUCAAAUUGAGUAUUCCUUUGCACUCAGCAAUGUUGUGCAUGAUAUUGAUAAGUCCUCUGUCAUUCAUGACUAGAUUAAGGUGGCCACGUUGAAGAGCGUUGAAUGGCCAGGUUUUCAUGAUUAUUAUUAUUUGACUUGCUUGAAUAUCACAUCGUGAUGUGUUUCUGUCGACUUUAGUAAGAUAGAGAUACAAUUAGACUUGAAGUGAGGAAAGUAUUUAGGAUAGUAAAGUACUGUCUUAAAAACAGAGCACAAAACUUUUCAAAACAGAAAAGCUGUGAAGACGAAUAAUGCAUUUGAUAGAGGCUCAUAUGACCUCUGUUGGCAUGAUUAGUCUGGGUUCAAUGUGUUAUCUAUUUUCUUUUCUGAGAAAUUGGUAAUCACUUUUAAUAGUGUGAGUUGUUGGUACGAAAAUGCACACAUGUCAGCCCCUCUGUGCUUUUUUAGUGAAAGCCCCCCACUAGAAAAGUGGACUAGGCCCUUUUAUUUUUGUCUCCUUCAGUUGUCGGUAUAAUACAAAGAAGACGAAAAGGCUUGGUGUUUAGUUUGUGUUGGUGUGGUGGUGUAGCAUUUCAUGACUAGAAAUAAAAAGAGUCUGGAUCAAGCCUAAUUUGUGGUGGGUUAGGCUUGCCAUGCCAGUCGCUUCAUCCUGAUUGAGACGAUGACUGUGGCGUGUAUGUUACCAGAUGAAUCAAUGAUUAAUUUCAAUUGGACUGUACUGUCAAGACUAGUUGGAGCUAAUUUGUGGUGGAUUAGACUCUGAACAAUGUCUUGCGGAAUCAAAGAGAAGAAAUGGUUCAAAUAUUCUCCCAUUUAACUGGAGAAUUUCUUUGCUAGGAGUAUUGGUGUGGUAUAUUAUCUUUCUUGGGUGUGAGGUUAAUUUUCUUUGAAUAGAAGCCGAAAGUGAAUGGAGUAUUCGCAUGUAGCUCGCACUCCCUCAUAUACCUACCCUACGUAUUUAGGAGUAUUUACUAUUGUCAUUUUACCGUAUAAUUAUACCCAAAGUAGUACAAACUCUUGUUGCCUUUAUUUUUUUUUUUUUUUAGUAGAACAAAAAAUGUUCCCCUACUCCCUUUCGUAUUGCCUUUUAUUUGUUCAAUCAUAAUUUAAAUUAAUCUUUUUAUUGUUGCUUUUCUGUAUAACUGGAGCUCAUAUUUAGCAAAAUCAAUAAUGUGUCGUCGAAGCUGCAUUUCUGAUGGAGAAAUUAAAUGAAAAAUACACCAUUGGAAUUGGCUCCGAAUUGUUAAUUUUGUUCCUCGGACAUGAUCAUGCACGCACACAUAGCUUGUGCAAGUGUAGCAUGUUGUCGAUAUAGAGGAGGAGUUGAAUCCAAACAAAACCAGUGUCAAAACGUUUAUUCAUGCUAAAAACAAUGUGUUCUACCCAUUAAAACAUGAAUUACUACAGUAA